AUGAAAGAAAUACGAUAUUUGAGUUACAUUUUAGUAAUCUUUACAACACAAAUUAAUAAUAGAGAAAUAAUAGCAAAGGAUUGUGAUCUCAUCAAGUUUCGCUAUAUUGAGCGGAAAGUGUUUUGCGAAACAGAAAAUGGUGUAACAACAUCAUGUCUAGGAGCUCCGUUUCCAGUUAAAAGAGCGUAUAUUCAAUGUUCUAAUAAAUAUCAUAACUUUAAAAAUAUAUCUUCAUUAACUAUUGACUGUCAAGAUAAUGGUGAAUGGACUGAUGAAAUAUUUGAUUGCUUACCAGAAUGUGAUGACACCAAUAUAUCGUUCAAAAUAUUAAAUAAUACCAAUGAAGAAUAUCCUCCAUGGUAUGCUGAGGUAAUUCAUUUAGAUGUUUUAGGAAACGUAAAACAAAUUUACCCUGGCAUUAUUUUAGCAGAAAGAUAUGUUUUUGCAGAGUUAGAUUAUAAUUUGAAAAAAGUUUCUCAUGUUAAUAAUUAUAGAAUACGAAUUCCCAGAUUAAAAUAUAAACAACCCAAAGAAUACAAGAUACGAUAUUGGAACGAUGGAACACAUUCUGAUUCAUUAUACGUAUCAUUUCUAAAUAAAACUGAAGAUGAGCUUAUUGAAAUUGCUUCACUAAUGCAUGUAGAUAGGCUUGAUUAUAUAAAAUUUGAUGAUGUAACAUUACCUGCUUGCGACGAAAUAAAUCCCCCAAAAGCGAAAGGAACCUUAAAACUUUUGGAUUUUAAAAAACGUCUUAAACAUAUCUGGUUUUCCGAAAGAUAUUUUCCGCUUUAUGAAAAAAAUUGUUUCUUACCAAAACUGGAUAAUACCAAAAUGGAAGCGGCAUGUUUUAAAACGUCAGGUGAGCCAACGGAAUGUAUUCGUAGGGCAGAUUGGAUUGUAACAAGAUGUCGAAUUGGUUAUCAACAGAGAAAUACACCGUUAGGUGAUUUUAUAGCUCAAUGUGAAUCACUUAAUAGUUGGGAUUACUAUUUCGGAGAAGAUAAUGAUUGUGAUUUAGUAUGUGGUGAAAUUGAUAAAAAUUAUAGACCUAGACAAAGAACCUUAAUACACGGAGGUAGUGAAACUCAUAAUGGAUUUGCUCCAUGGCAUGUUGCCGUUUAUUUUAAUGAUACAAGGAGGCGAACAAUAAAACAAAUAUGUGGUGGUAGUAUUAUUCAUUCUAAUAUAGUUCUAUCAGCCGCACAUUGUUUUUACAAUAUUGGAGCAGGUAAACUAAAUGAUGCUUCAAAUUACUUAAUAGCAGCAGGAAAAUAUUAUCGUAAAUACGAAACUUCUGAAGAAUCAGAACAUUAUGCAAAAAUAGAAGAAAUACAUAUUCCCGAAAAUUUUGAAGCAUUUCCACUCAGAAAUGAUAUAGCAGUUUUGGAACUUGAUCAUCACAUUGAGUUUUCGUCAGUUAUUAAACCAAUAUGUAUUGAUUUUAGUUCAACUCAAAUUCCUAGUAAUCUAAAUGGAUAUUUCGUUGGAUGGGGUGCUACAUCUAUGGAUGAUGAGCAAAGUAAUGAACUAUUAUCAGCUAAUCUUACAACUUUAACAAACGAAAAGUGCAAAGUUGAAGUUGGCCCAAGAGAUAAAUCUGAUAUUACACCAGAAAAAUUCUGUGCAAUAAAUGAUAAACGUUCAGCUGCCUGUCAAGGUGAUAGUGGAGGUGGAUAUGUUGUAAAAAAAUAUACGGGUUUUAGGGACCGAUAUUUUUUGCUUGGAAUUAUUAGUCUGGGACUUGGUGCCAAUAAUUAUUGUUCUGAUGGUUUUACCACAGUAUUUACAAAUGUACUUCUUUAUAAAACUUUUAUUGAAAAUGUAACAUCAAACGCUAGAAGUUUGAAAUUUAUUAGAAAAUAUGCCAAUAAUAACAUGCGAUAUGAACUCUGAAGAAAAAUUAUAAUAUAUCACAAAUCGAUCGAAAAUUGAAAUUGUAAUUUAAAUAUUGUAUUUUUUUUUUUUUUGCUGAACUAAUUCGAUCUUCUGAAAAUAACGCAUUUAAUUUUAAAUAAAAUGGAUCAAACAUCGUACAUAAAUGUAUCAUCACACAAGUCUGUUACGCAUAAAAACCUACAUUUACAUUAUUGGCUGGUUGACCGCCAAAUCGAUUGAAUGUUUUUAUUCUGUCAUUUUGAAAUAUGCUUAAAAUAGUAAUGAAAUGGUAAAUUAUUAAUUUGGGCAAAAAUAUAUAGAUGCAGAACGCAAGAUAUUGCAAAAUAAUUUAAAAAUUUUUCAAUAACUAAAUUUACCACAAACAUGAUACUUUUGUGAAUAGUUUUUAGUUGUUUAGAAAUAUUAGAAGUAAAAUAGCAGUACAGCACCUACACCUAGAGAACCUGGCUUAAUGGCCACGUUUUCUAUUGAAUUUUCAUUUUUUUCCUUUCUGCUCUUUAAAGUUGGUUUUUAGUUCUUUUUGAUACUACAUAUUAAUGUAAUGUUGUUUUAAUAUGUAAAUAUGUUUAGAAAUAAGUAUGUCAAUAAAAUUAAAAUUUUUAAUUUA